AUGCUUCAAGUUCAAGCUGCUAUAAAAGCCACUCGAACUCUUCAUUUUAUCCUCAUUCUAAUUCACACACAACAUAGACUCUUUUGUCUCUAACCAAAAGAGGAAUUUAACAAUGGCUUCAAGAACGAAAAGCUUUUUAGCCAUUUUCUUGAUUCUGAACAUCCUUUUCUGCACAACAAUCUCUGCCUACGGUAACUGCGGUUGCCCUUCUCCCAAGCCAAAACCUCACCCCUCCCAUAAGCCAAAACCUAACCCUAAACCCAGACCAACCCCAACUCCAACCCCUAGCCCUGUCACAGCCAAAUGCCCUAGAGACGCUCUUAAACUAGGAGUCUGCGCCAACGUGCUCAGCGGUCUACUCAACAUCACCCUUGGGAAGCCACCUGUGAAGCCAUGUUGCACCCUCAUCAAAGGACUUGCUGAUCUUGAAGCCGCGGCUUGUCUUUGCACCGCGCUUAAGGCUAACAUCCUUGGGAUCAACCUGAACAUCCCUAUCUCACUCAGUCUGCUUCUCAAUGUUUGUAGCAAAAAGGUUCCCCCUGGUUUCCAAUGCUAAUCAAGAUUAUAAUUAUACAACCACCACUUGAUGUCAACAUACAUAUCUUCUUGUUUGGAUAGACAAGAUAAUAUAUGUAAUAUAGAUUCUGUAAUAUUUCUGUGUGUUUAUGUAUGAAUAUGUAUGUGUGUAUGUGAUUUCUACAACUCUAAACUUCACAUUUGUUUUUAUUUUGUUCUCUUAUAUAUACAGUCACAGGGGUGUUGUUGUACUGGUUGUUUAAAUUAAUAAAUAAUAUGUUUAAUACU